UUCAGAGGGGAAGAGAGAGACCCAGAGGGAGCUGAACCCCAGUCUUCCGCCCGGACUGACGCGGUCACCAUUGGCAGGGGAACAUACUCCGGCACAGUGACGUGCGAGUGAGAUUUCACUCCUCUCCUCUCUCUUUUCUCUAUCUCUCUCUCUCUCUCUCUGUUUGCAUUUCACCUCCAGCAGCUGUGCUUCGGCGCCACCGACACUGAGGCAGGAAAACAAAAGAUUUAACCCAAGAAAUUGGUCGGGAAGCAAGCAAGAAGGGGGGAAAUCAGCAUUGAGGCAGCGGCUGAUUGGCAAAGUGCAAUUGAAUGAAGACAUUGAGCCGCAGUCAGAGUGAGCUCAUCCCAAAGCCGCGGCUCCCGCUGCUGCUCCCGCUCCUGCUGCUGCUUCUCUCUGCCUCAGCUCCUUGUUUACACUUGGAUCGCCGAGGGGAACACGCCGCCAUGUCGGAGGUCCUGCCUUACAAUGAGGAAAAGAUUGCGCACUAUGGUCACGGAGAUGAAGUGGGGCAAAUCUCCUUCACCUGCCGCCUCCAGGACACCAAUAACUUUUUCGGAUCGGGGCAGAACAAGCGGCCCCCCAAACUGGGGCAGAUCGGGAGAAGCAAACGGGUUGUUAUCGAAGAUGACAGAAUUGAUGACGUACUGAAAAAUAUGACAGAGAAGUCCUCUCCGGGUGUUUAAAACAAUCCGAAAGAUACUGUGUCCAAUCAACAACAACAAAGACAUUUAAACAAGUCCCACCUUUUCGUUGAGGAGAAAAGCAGGAGCACUUUGAGACGCAGAACUAACCUUUACUUAUAAAAGCUGUGAUCCACGAUGCUUAAAAUCAAACUAUUGUAUCUGGCGCUUGGAGGCAGGAUGUGAGGGCAGCUGCGAAGGGAAACGGAAUAAUGUUGGUACAAGAGUGAACCUUUCAAUGUCAUGUGCAAGGAUUGAUUGCUCAUGAACUCUAAGUCCGAGUGAAAUUGUCUAAAACCGAUGCCUGUAGUAACAGGCUAACAAGAGCCAAUGUGUGCAGACCAGCACUGGAGCGAGAGAAUGCUGUAGCAAGCACAUAAAUGUCUAUCAAUCAAAUCUUUGUAUUGUAUUGCUAGCGGCUACCUUGUUAUGAGUGGAGCACCUUGUUUACAUUAUCUUGCAAAUACUGUAAUCCUGUGCACCUUGGAUGUAAAAUAUUAUUUUUAUUCUCCUUUAUUGCAGUGUUGGAGAAUGUUUAAGACAAAAACAUAUUUUAUAGGAAUGGAGAAAUAUUGUUUCUUUUUUGAUUUAAAACUUCUGUGCAGCUUGAUUUUAUUUCUCGUUGCGAUAUAAUGCGGCCUGCUGAACUUAAAGUGAAAUAUUUUCUAUAUUAGGAUUUAUAAACAACAGUGUAUCCUUCAGUACGAUCCAUAUAAUAUGUUUUGUUAUCGUGGCAGUAAUCGACUUACUAUAUUGUAUGAGACAUCAUCACGACAGUGCCAAAUAUCUCGAGAAUGCCAAGAAGGCUACCAGUAUCUCUGUGCUCUCUGUGAAUGUAUAAAGUAACGCUACUUGGCUGCCAUGUUUCAUGUUAAAGGACUUAUUUACUUUUCUUAUUGGUGAAGUUAUUGCUCUGCAUGAAAAUAUGUAAACUGCCUCAUGUGAGGACAUCUAAAAUCAUUGCAGAUCUUGUUUGCAACUCUGAAUGACAGACCUCAAUUUUUUUUCUUAAUUGAAUAUAUAAAAAUAUAAAUAUCUGUUGUACCUCUCUCCUCUACAGGGCUAUUUCCGCAAAGUAUUAAUAAAAGGUCAAAUCUU